CAAGGUGGCGAAGCCGCAGCAACAGCGGCGACGGCGGCGGCGGCUGGAGUGAGCGCCCGGCUCGUCGCUCCGAGCGAAGGCCCAGCAGAGGGCCUCGCGCCGGGGCCGCGCCCUUUUCCUCAGGCCGUACGGAACGGGGACGCCGGCUCCCACGCCCCGCCAGCUCCGGGUGGUUUCCUAGAAACAUGAUUGAUUGUUGGACUUGAUCUCACAGCCCAGUGAGGACUUCUUUACUGAUAAUGUCAAGUUCAGGAUAUCCUCCCAACCAAGGAGCAUUCAGUACAGAACAAAGCCGUUAUCCUCCCCAUUCUGUUCAGUACACCUUUCCUAGUACCCGUCACCAGCAGGAAUUUGCAGUCCCUGACUAUCGUUCUUCUCAUCUUGAAGUUAGUCAGGCAUCACAGCUUUUGCAACAGCAGCAGCAGCAGCAGCAGCAGCAGCAGCUUCGAAGGCGACCUUCCUUGCUUUCAGAAUUUCACCCAGGUUCUGACAGGCCUCAGGAAAGGAGAACUGGAUAUGAACAGUUUCACACAGGCCCAUCCCCGGUGGAUCACGAGUCAUUGGAAUCCAAGCGACCACGUCUGGAUCAGGUUUCUGAUUCCCAUUUUCAGCGUGUCAGUGCUGCUGUUUUACCUUUAGUACACACACUGCCAGAAGGGUUGAGGUCUUCUGCAGAUACUAAGAAGGAUCCAGCAUUUGGAGGAAAACAUGAUGCUCCCUCUUCUCCAAUUGCUGGGCAACCAUGUGCAGAUGAUCAAAAUGCUUCACCUUCAAAGCUUUCAAAGGAAGAGUUAAUACAGAGUAUGGAUCGUGUUGAUCGAGAAAUUGCAAAAGUAGAACAGCAGAUCCUUAAACUGAAAAAGAAACAACAACAGCUUGAAGAAGAAGCAGCUAAACCUCCUGAGCCUGAGAAGCCUGUGUCCCCUCCUCCAGUGGAGCAGAAACACCGCAGUAUUGUCCAAAUUAUUUAUGAUGAGAAUCGGAAAAAAGCAGAAGAAGCUCAUAAAAUUUUUGAAGGUCUUGGCCCAAAAGUUGAAUUGCCACUCUAUAACCAGCCAUCAGACACCAAGGUUUACCAUGAGAACAUCAAGACAAACCAGGUGAUGAGGAAAAAACUCAUUUUAUUUUUUAAAAGAAGAAAUCAUGCAAGAAAACAAAGGGAACAAAAAAUCUGCCAACGUUAUGAUCAGCUCAUGGAGGCUUGGGAAAAAAAAGUGGACAGAAUUGAGAAUAAUCCACGGAGGAAAGCUAAAGAAAGCAAAACAAGAGAGUACUAUGAAAAGCAGUUUCCAGAAAUUCGUAAACAAAGAGAACAGCAAGAAAGAUUUCAGAGAGUUGGCCAAAGGGGAGCUGGUCUUUCAGCCACCAUUGCUAGGAGUGAGCAUGAGAUUUCUGAAAUUAUUGAUGGUCUCUCUGAGCAGGAGAAUAAUGAGAAGCAAAUGCGACAGCUGUCUGUGAUCCCACCUAUGAUGUUUGAUGCUGAACAAAGACGUGUCAAGUUCAUUAACAUGAAUGGUCUUAUGGAGGACCCUAUGAAGGUUUACAAAGAUAGGCAGUUUAUGAAUGUUUGGACUGAUCACGAAAAGGAAAUCUUUAAGGACAAGUUUAUUCAGCAUCCAAAAAACUUUGGACUAAUUGCAUCCUACUUGGAAAGGAAGAGUGUUCCUGAUUGUGUUUUAUAUUAUUAUUUAACCAAGAAAAAUGAGAAUUAUAAAGCCCUAGUAAGAAGGAAUUAUGGAAAACGCAGAGGCAGAAAUCAGCAAAUUGCCCGUCCCUCACAAGAAGAAAAAGUAGAAGAGAAAGAAGAGGAUAAAGCAGAAAAAACAGAAAAAAAAGAAGAGGAAAAGAAAGAUGAAGAAGAAAAAGAUGAGAAGGAGGACUCUAAAGAAAAUACCAAGGAAAAGGACAAGACUGAAGGUACAACAGAAGAAACUGAAGAGAGAGAGCAGGCUACGCCCCGGGGACGCAAGACUGCUAAUAGCCAAGGUCGCAGAAAGGGACGAAUAACCAGGUCCAUGACAAAUGAAGCUGCAGCUGCUAUUGCUGCAGCUGCAGCAGCCACAGAAGAGCCCCCACCACCUCUCCCACCACCUGCAGAACCUGUUUCCACAGAGCCCGUAGAAACCUCUCGAUGGACAGAAGAAGAAAUGGAAGUUGCUAAGAAAGGCUUAGUAGAACAUGGUCGUAACUGGGCAGCAAUUGCCAAAAUGGUGGGAACUAAAAGUGAAGCUCAGUGUAAAAAUUUCUAUUUUAACUAUAAAAGGCGACACAAUCUUGACAACCUCUUGCAGCAACAUAAACAGAAAACAUCAAGGAAACCUCGUGAAGAAAGAGAUGUGUCUCAGUGUGAAAGUGUUGCUUCCACUGUUUCUGCUCAGGAAGAUGAAGACAUUGAAGCCUCCAAUGAAGAAGAAAAUCAAGAAGAUAGUGAAGGUGCUGAAAAUAGUUCUGAUACAGAAAGUGCUCCUUCUCCUUCACCAGUUGAAACUGUCAAGCCCAGUGAAGACAGCAAUGAAAAUGCUGCUUACCGAGGAAACACCGAACCUGUGGCUGAGCUCGAGUCUACCACUGACCCGGCACCCGGUGCAUCUCCCUCCUCAGCAGUUCCAAGUACAAAGGCAGUUGAGAGUGAAAGUGUGGAGACCCAGGUGACUGACAGCACCAGUGUUGAGACAGCAGAGACGAUGGAUGUGGACCACCAGGAGUGUGAUGCUGAAGCAGGUUCUGUUCCUCAUCCCCCAACCACUACCAAAGCAGAAUCUGUGGAUGCUGAAAUGAGGCUGCCAGACAGCAGUCCAUCUAAAAGUGAAGGAGAUACCAAAGAAAGAGACUUGGAAAGAGCCAGUGAGAAGACAGAGCCUAGAGAUGAAGAUCUGGUGGUGGCUCAGCAGAUAAAUGCCCAAAGGCCUGAGCCCCAGUCAGACAAUGAUUCCAGUGCUACAUGCAGUGCUGAUGAAGAUGUGGAUGGAGAGCCUGAGAGGCAGAGAAUAUUUCCUAUGGAUGCAAAGCCUUCAUUGUUAAAUCCCACUGGAUCUAUACUAGUCUCAUCCCCAAUAAAACCAAAUCCAUUGGACCUGCCACAGCUUCAGCAUCGAGCUGCUAUUAUCCCACCCAUGGUUUCCUGCACCCCAUGUAAUAUGCCAAUUGGAACCCCUGUAAGUGGCUAUGCUCUCUACCAGCGACACAUUAAGGCAAUGCAUGAGUCAGCACUCUUGGAGGAACAGAGACAGAGGCAAGAACAGAUAGAUUUGGAAUGUAGAAGUUCUACAAGCCCGUGUGGCACUUCCAAGAGUCCAAACAGAGAAUGGGAAGUCCUCCAACCUGCUCCACAUCAAGUGAUAACUAAUCUCCCUGAAGGGAUUCGACUUCCAACAACUCGACCAACCAGGCCACCACCUCCUCUCAUCCCAUCAUCUAAAACCACAGUGGCUUCAGAGAAACCAUCCUUUAUAAUGGGAGGCUCCAUCUCACAGGGGACCCCAGUUGGAUCCCAGACUGGUAUACCAACUGAGGCUUUGGUGAAGGGAUCAAUUUCCAGGAUGCCCAUGGAAGAAAGCAGUCCUGAGAAAGGCAGAGAAGAAGCUACAUCCAAAGGCCAUGUUAUUUAUGAAGGCAAGAGUGGACAUAUCUUAUCAUAUGAUAAUAUUAAGAAUGCCCGAGAAGGUACUAGGAGUCCAAGAACAGCUCAUGAUAUCAGUUUAAAAAGAAGCUAUGAGUCAGUGGAAGGAAAUAUAAAACAAGGGAUAUCAUUGAGGGAGUCUCCUGUAUCAGCACAAUUAGAGGGGCUGAUAUGUCGAGCAUUACCCAGAGGGAGCCCUCACUCUGACCUCAAAGAAAGAACAGUACUGUCUGGCUCCAUAAUGCAAGGUACACCUAGAGCAACUCCUGAAAGCUAUGAAGAUGGCCUUAAAUAUCCCAAACAGAUUAAAAGAGAAAGUCCUCCUAUUCGAACAUUCGAAGGUGCCAUUACCAAAGGAAAACCAUAUGAUGGCAUCACUACCAUCAAAGAAAUGGGGCGUUCUAUUCAUGAAAUUCCACGGCAAGAUGUUUUAUCUCAGGAAAGCCGAAAAACUCCAGAAGUAGUCCAGAGCACAAGGCCAAUAAUUGAAGGUUCCAUUUCCCAGGGCACACCAGUAAAGUUUGACAGCAACUCAGGUCAAUCUGCCAUCAAACACAAUGUCAAAUCUUUGAUCACGGGGCCUAGCAAACUACCCCGUGGAAUGCCUCCACUGGAAAUUGUACCAGAGAACAUAAAAGUAGUAGAACGAGGAAAAUAUGAGGAUGCGAAAGCAAGUGAACCAGUACGAUCCCGACACAUGUCGGUGGUGAGCUCUGGCCCCUCUGUUCUCAGGUCUACACUUCAUGAAGCUCCCAAAGCACAGCUGAGCCCAGGGAUUUAUGAUGACUCCAGUGCUCGCAGGACUCCUGUGAGUUAUCAAAGUACCAUGUCCAGAGGCUCACCCAUGAUGAACAGAGCCUCCGAGGUUACAAUUUCUUCUAGCAAGUCUACCAAUCAUGAAAGGAAGUCAACACUUACCCCAACCCAAAGGGACAGCAUACCAGCCAAGUCUCCAGUGCCUGGAGUGGAUCCUGUUGUGAGCCACAGCCCAUUUGAUCCCCAUCAUAGAGGCAGUGCUGCAGGGGAGGUUUAUCGGAGUCACCUUCCCACGCACUUGGAUCCAGCCAUGCCCUUUCAUAGAGCUCUUGAUCCUGCUGCUGCUGCUUACCUAUUUCAGAGACAGCUUUCACCAACUCCAGGCUACCCAAGUCAGUACCAGCUUUAUGCUAUGGAGAACACAAGACAGACAAUCCUAAAUGAUUACAUUACCUCACAACAGAUGCAAGUGAACUUGCGCCCUGAUGUAGCCAGAGGACUUUCCCCACGAGAACAGCCCCUGGGUCUCCCAUACCCACCAACAAGAGGAAUCAUUGACCUGACCAAUAUGCCUCCAACAAUUUUAGUGCCUCAUCCAGGGGGAACAAGCACUCCUCCCAUGGACAGAAUUACUUAUAUUCCUGGUACACAGAUUACUUUCCCACCACGGCCAUACAACUCUGCUUCAAUGUCUCCAGGACACCCAACACACCUUGCAGCAGCUGCAAGUGUUGAGAGGGAGCGAGAGCGAGAAAGAGAAAGGGAAAGGGAGAAGGAGCGAGAAAGGGAGCGGGAACGGAUUGCAACUUCUUCUGACCUUUACCUGCGGCCAAGCACAGAACAGCCAGGCCGGCCUGGCAGUCAUGGAUAUGUCCGCUCCCCCUCCCCUUCAGUAAGAACUCAGGAGACGGUGUUACAGCAAAGACCCAGCGUUUUCCAGGGAACCAAUGGAACCAGUGUAAUCACUCCUUUGGAUCCAACUGCUCAGCUACGGAUCAUGCCACUGCCUGCUGGAGGCCCUUCAAUAAGUCAAGGCCUGCCAGCUUCCCGUUACAACACUGCUGCGGAUGCCCUGGCUGCUCUUGUGGAUGCUGCAGCUUCUGCACCCCAGAUGGAUGUUUCCAAAACAAAAGAGAGUAAGCAUGAAGCUGCCAGGUUAGAAGAAAAUUUGAGAAGCAGGUCAGCAGCAGUUAGUGAACAGCAGCAGCUAGAGCAGAAAACCCUGGAGGUGGAGAAGAGAUCUGUUCAGUGUCUGUACACUGCUUCAGCCUUUCCAAGUGGCAAGCCCCAGCCUCACGCCUCAGUAGUGUACUCUGAGGCUGGGAAAGAUAAAGGGCCUCCUCCAAAAUCCAGAUAUGAGGAAGAGCUAAGGACCCGAGGGAAGACUACCAUUACUGCAGCUAACUUCAUAGACGUGAUCAUCACCCGGCAAAUUGCCUCGGACAAGGAUGCAAGGGAACGUGGCUCUCAAAGUUCAGACUCUUCUAGUAGCUUAUCUUCUCACAGGUAUGAAGCACCUAGUGAUGCUAUUGAGGUGAUAAGUCCUGCCAGCUCCCCUGCACCACCCCAGGAAAAACUGCAGGCCUAUCAGCCAGAGAUUGUUAAGGCAAACCAACCAGAAAGUGACCCCACAAGACAAUAUGAAGGACCACUUCAUCAUUAUCGGCCUCAGCAGGAGUCGCCGUCUCCACAGCAGCCACCGCCCCCGUCCUCCCAGGCAGAAGGGAUCGGGCAAGUGCCCAGGACCCAUCGACUGAUCACGCUUGCCGAUCACAUCUGUCAAAUUAUCACACAAGACUUUGCUAGAAAUCAAGUUUCCUCACAGCCUACACAGCAGCCUACCACUUCUACAUUCCAAAAUUCACCAACUGCUCUGGCAUCAACACCUGUGAGGACUAAGUCAAGUCGAUACAGCCCAGAGUCCCAGUCUCAGUCUGUUCUCCAUCCAAGACCAGGUUCCAGAGUCUCUCCAGAAAACCUUGUGGACAAAGCCCGGGGAAGGCCUGGAAAAUCUCCAGAGAGGAGUCACAUCUCAUCAGAACCCUAUGAGCCCAUUUCUCCACCCCAGGUUCCAGUUGUUCAUGAGAAGCAAGACAGCAUGCUGCUCCUGUCACAGAGGGGAGUGGAGCCAGCAGAGCAGAGGAAUGAUUCUCGCUCACCAGGGAGUAUAAGCUACUUGCCUUCAUUCUUCACCAAGCUUGAAAGCACAUCACCCAUGGUUAAAUCAAAGAAGCAGGAAAUUUUUCGUAAGUUGAACUCCUCUGGUGGAGGUGACCCUGAUAUGGCAGCUGCUCAGCCAGGAACUGAGAUCUUCAAUUUGCCAGCAGUUACUACUUCAGGCUCAGUAAGCUCUAGAAGCCAUUCUUUUGCUGAUCCUGCCAGUAACCUUGGUCUAGAAGACAUUAUCAGGAAGGCCCUCAUGGGAAACUUUGAUGACAAAGUUGAGGAUCAUGGAGUUGUCAUGUCCCAACCUGUAGGAAUAGUGUCUGGUAGUGUCAGCACCUCAGUUGUGACCAGCAGUGAGACACGGAGAGAUGACGGGGACCCAUCACCUCAUUCAGGAGUUUGCAAACCAAAGUUGAUCAAUAAGUCAAACAGCAGAAAAUCUAAAUCUCCUAUCCCUGGUCAAGCCUACUUAGGAACAGAGCGACCCUCUUCAGUCUCCUCUGUACAUUCAGAAGGGGAUUACCACAGGCAGACACCAGGAUGGGCCUGGGAAGACCGACCGUCUUCAACUGGCUCAACUCAGUUUCCAUAUAACCCUCUGACCAUGCGGAUGCUCAGCAGCACACCACCAACACCCAUCGCAUGUAACCCAUCGGCUGUAAGUCAAGCAGCUCCCCACCAACAGAACCGGAUCUGGGAGCGGGAGCCUGCACCGCUCCUCUCUGCACAGUACGAGACGCUGUCAGACAGUGAUGAUUGAACUUACACAGUGAAGGGACUAGACAGGGUGGGUAGAGAAGGCAUGGGGGCAGUUCUAGUGGUUGGUCGGUUUUUAAAAUUGUGGGUCAAAAAUGUGCCCUCUUGUGAUUUGUGCCCAGAGACUUCUCAGCAGAGCCAAGGCAUCGAUUGAUGAAGAAAUGACUGAAAUUCACUUGGAAAGUCAAAUUGGGGGAGGGGGGGUGGGAGAUCCUGCCUCGAUACAGGCAAUUCGGUGGAUAAUAGUGGAGGGUUGAAAUGUAGAGUUUUUAAAAAGUGGACAAUUCAUGUUCUUACAUCUGUUUGUAAAGAAAAGCAUAAUGUCUUUAAAUUACUCUUCUGUAAAUAGAUGACCUUUUUGCAGUGUAUCCCCUUGCUGUAGUAUCUGGUGUACUUACAUGCAAAUCAGCGUAUUAAUGUUGGGGGUAAUUUUAAAAAAAUCUUUUCAUCUAUCUUUUUUAACCAUAGCCUUCUAAACAACCUCAUACAGCCUAAUUACAUAAUGUUGGCUGUCACGGGCAUUGUACUUUUUAUCUGAUUUUAUUUCCUCUAAAUUUAGCUUCCCAGUGAUAUUUAAAAUCUUGUGGGAAAUGUUUAGAUUUUUAACAGACUGUCAUAUAAAAUCUAGACAUUAAGGUCAAAAGGUAAUAGCAAGAAAAUUCUGCCAUUUUGUAAAUUUCCAGUGCAGGUUUGUUUUUUUUUUAAGUAACACUGAAAAAAUAUUGCUGCAUGGGUAUAUUAUAGUUCAGUUUUUAAAGUUUUAAAGGCUUUUUUGAGGCAUACCUCACACUGUUAUGCACACUGGUGAUUUAACCAUGCCCCUUAAGUAUUCCUUUUCUUCUGCAUCUGAUGCAGCCCAAUAGAGCUUUUGUUUUGAAAUAAAUUUGACUACCCUGUC